AUGAGUUGUGGUUGUACUAUUGAAAGAGUACUUUAUCACGAUGAAAGUUAUAUUUUUAUUACAAGUGCUCAAAAACAAUCAGAUUCACCUUCUGGUAAAACUUAUAUUGCUUAUCAUAUUCGUAUUGGGGACAUGGAAACAAAACGAAGAUACAGUGAAUUCGAAUCAUUAAGAAAAGCCUUGACAUUGCUUUAUCCUGCCUUGAUUGUGCCGCCUAUACCCGAAAAGCAUUCUUUAGUUGAUUAUGCUGCACUCUCCACUCGAGUCAGAGAUGAUUUGCCUAUGGUUGAAAAGAGAAAACGGAUGUUACAGACAUUCCUCAACAGAGUAGCCAAACAUCCUGAACUAGGAAAAGAGCAUGUCUUUCAUCGAUUUUUGGAGAGUCAUACUGCUUGGAUGAUUGUCAGCAAACAAUUGGAUUUACCAACGCAUACGUAUCACCCUGUCUUGUCCAGCAAUUUGAUACCCACACCUUCUGCUGCAUAUCAAUUAAGACAGCCAGAUCCCCGAUUUGAAGAAUCUGAGAAAUUCACGUUUCGUAUUGCUAAUUAUAUGAGUAAUAAUCUGGAUAAAAGUCAGCGUAAAGUGAUUCGACGUUUAGGAGAAUUGGCCAAUGAUUAUGCAGAAUUAGGCGCAGUCUAUAAUGGAUUCAGUCUGAAUGAGACAGGCGCAGUAGCCAAUGCGAUUGAGAAAAUAGGUCAAGCAGUCGAUGCUUCUUAUACAGAAACAGGUCACAUGGUGACUUCUUUAGAAGGUGAAUUUGCUGAACCUAUUCAAGAACAUGCUCAGUUUGCACAGAUCAUUAAACAAGUCCUCAAGUUUCGUCAUAUGAAGCAUGUUCAGACUGAAUUGAUUGAGAAUGCGCUGAAUCAUAAAAAAGAAAACUUGGAUAGCUUGUUGCGUAUGGAGAAUGAAGCCAGACGAUUAGAAGAAGCCAUGACAAGAGAAAGAACGAUUGGUGCCAAUGCGAUUGAUGUGGAUGAACCUUAUGGUGUAGCCACGCCACCUUCUACUACCACACCUUCAUCCCCUGUACGCACCAGAAACAAUUGGACAGGGAUGCAUGUCAUCAGUGCUGUUGGACAUACACUGCAGAACAUUAUUGAUGUGAAUCCAGAAGCCACACGUCGUAAUCAGAUUGGCAUGUCAAAAGAUGCUAUUGGUGUAUUACAAGAAGCAUUGGAUAUCACCAGCAAAGAUCUAAAUUCGAUUUCUCUUCAAUUGCAGUCUGAUUUGGAUCGUUUUCAAACAGAAAAGAUUCAAGAUAUGAGAGACAUGUUGAUUGCUUAUGCUAAAAUACACAUUCGAUACUGUCAAAAGAAUUUGGAAUCAUGGCAAGAAGCACGUAAUGAAGUGGAAAAGAUACCAAUUUAA